AUGGCGACGGCGGUGAAUGCUACCACAGAUCGCAUCGCACCCCCCACCCCCUCCAAAUCCAAGUUCAAGCUGGCACUUUGCCAGCUGGCUGUGGGUGCGGACAAGGAGCGAAACAUCCAGCAUGCUCGCCAGGUCAUCGACAGGGCAGCGGGCGAGGGCGCCCGCCUGGUGAUCCUUCCUGAGAUCUGGAACUCACCCUACUCCAACGAUAGCUUCCCAGUCUACGCUGAGGAGGUGGGCGGGGGCGAGUCGCCCUCCACCGCCAUGCUCUCCGACGCUGCCGCAGCCAACAGUAUUGUGCUGGUGGGCGGCUCCAUCCCGGAACGCUCGGAGGGCAAGCUGUUCAACACCUCCUUUGUCUACGGCUCCAAAGGGGAGCUCCUGGGUCGGCAUCGCAAGGUCCACCUCUUUGACAUUGACAUCCCUGGGAAAAUCAGGUUCAAGGAAUCGGAGGUGCUGACCCCCGGGUCCGACCUGACCGUCAUCGACACCGAGCUGGGUCGCAUCGGGGUGGCAAUCUGCUACGACAUCCGGUUCCCCGAGCUAGCGGCCCUCUAUGCCGCGCGGGGCUGCCAGCUCCUCGUCUACCCAGUGGCUCCGGCACGCGACCUUUCCGCUGGCUACCACUCCUGGGGCCAUUCUGCCCUGGUGGACCCCUUUGGGCGGGUGGUGGCUGCGGCCGAGGAAAGCGAGGCGAUCAUUCACGCGGAGGUGGACCUGGACCAAAUCGCGGAGCAGCGAAAGGGGGUGCCGUACAACGACCAAAAGCGCUCGGACCUGUACUCCCUACUGGACCUCACGCGCUGA